ACCUCAAAAUUUAUUCGACAUCUUGUCUUGUAACCUUAGACCAACUUGUGACAGUGAAAGGGUCAAUCAAUUUUUGAUUAAUUUUCUAAUUAAUUAAACGCUCAUUUAAAAACCAUGUCUCCGCCAUAUAAAUUAACCUACUUCGACAUUAUGGGUCUAGGGGAACCCCUUAGAAUUUUGCUCAGCUACGGCAACUUGGACUAUGAAGAUUUCCGGGUGCCGAGAGAAAACUGGCCCAAUUUGAAAGCUUCGAUGCCUUUCGGGCAAAUGCCCGUUUUGGAACACGCCGGCAAAACUUACCAUCAAAGUAUGGCGAUUGCCCGAUUCCUGGCUAAGAAAGUUAAGCUUGUGGGCAAAGACGAGUUUGAAGAUUUGGAAAUCGAUGCCGCUGUCGAUACUAUCAAUGAUUUUCGCACUACCAUGGGAUUUGAUGACGUUAUUCCAUUGUUGGGCGAUUUCGGAAAAUACCAAAAAAGAAUCUAUUUUUUACUGUGCCUUCCUGCCAUUACGUCUGCUUUUCACAAAUUGGGAAACGUUUUUCUUUUAGCUGAACCACAAUAUAGAUGCCGACGUCCUGAUGAGUCUGUAGACAGCGUCUACAACCUCAGCAAUGCGGAAAUGGAAAAGUGGUACCCUUUUGAUGUUUUGCACCAGAGAUUUUCCUCUUGUUUGAUACGGUCUGGUAAUGCUACUGCAAAAUGUGCUGAUUUUAUUUUCAGCCAUCAGGAUUAUGGGCAUACAACAGUCAUAGAGUGGAACUUGACAUGUGAAAAAGCCUACCUAAUAGCCACAUGCAACUCGAUGUUCAUGGUAGGCGUAAUGCUAGGCUCAAUAAUAUUCGGAGAAACAUCAGACCGAUGGGGCAGAAAGGUAACCUUCCUAAUAGCCUCAAUCCUGCAAGUUGUAUUUGGUAUUUUGGCCGCUUACGCUCCGGAAUUUUGGACUUUUGCCAUAUCCAGAAUGAUUGUUGGAGCAGCUGCUUCUGGGGUGUUUUUGGUCGCUUACGUCAUGGGUCUAGAAAUGGUUGGACCAUCAAAACGUCUAGUGGCUGGCACAGUGAUUUUCAUAUUCUUCUCAGGCGGUUACGUUUUGAUUGCUUUAUUGGCUAAACUCUUAUCAAAUUGGAGACAUUUGCAGUUGGCCCUUACCUUCCCAGGAAUUUUGUUCAUCUUUUAUUGGUGGCUUAUUCCAGAGUCUGUCAGAUGGUUGUUGUCCAAAAAUAAGACCGUCGAAGCCAAACAAGUCAUUCAAAGGUGCGCCAAAAUCAACAGAGUCACAAUAACUGAAGCCAAAUUAGACGAACUAUUGAAAAAGGGUGAAGAAACCAAAAAAGAAGAAUCUCAAAUGACUGCAUCAGUUGUCGACUUGUUUAAACAUUCCAAUUUACGCAAAAGAUCACUUAUAAUAUUUUUUGAUUGGUGCGCCAACAAUAUAACUUAUUAUGGCCUCUCUUGGAAUACAAACAAUUUAGGAGGCAAUCCAUACUUAAACUUUGUAAUAUCGGGCGCAGUGGAAACUCCUGCCAAUAUUUUCACUUUGCUUACCUUAAACCGAUGGGGCAGGAAAAAGAUUUUAUGCGGUAGCAUGAUUGUAGCUGGAAGUGCCUUAUUAGCAACUACAAUAACACCAAUAAAUUUAGUAUGGCUCAGCGUGUUUCUAGCAAUGUUAGGCAAAAUUGCUAUUACAGUGAGCUACGGAACUGUGUACAUAUUUUCAGCUGAACAGUUUCCUACUGUGGUGAGAAAUGCAGGCUUGGGUGCCAGCUCUACUUUUGCCCGAUUAGGCUCUAUAGUAGCCCCCUAUAUUAACAUAAUGGCCCACUUUUGGCAGCCUUUUCCGCUUUUGGUUUUUGGAAUUUUGGCCUUUAUAGGAGGAUUGUUGUCUCUAUUGUUACCGGAGACUCUAAAUAAAAAACUACCCGAAACUUUAGCAGAAGGAGAGGCUUUUGGAAGGAAAAGGAAAAAAGAUAUACCAUUGGAAAUGGUUGUUCCAAAUGAGGCAGAAGUCACCCUACUAAAUACUGAAACAAAGCAGAAUUAAUGAAAUGCAUUUUUAAUUUGUUUACCAAGUAGUAUUAAAAAGACUAAUUUUUAACUUAACUUUAAGUCCAAAAACUCGAAUUUUGUUAAUUGUUAUUUGAGCCUUAAACUAAGUAAAUUUUAUAAAUAAAUAUAAUAUUUUACAUAUCAAAUGUCCUUGUAUUUUAUACA